UUUGCUUUUAUUGCUUUCCUAGCGGAAUUCAUUUCAGUUUAUUCGGUUACAAUCAAGUUGUAAUAGGUGCCUUAAGCUCCAAUAAACAAAAAUGUCUCGUAAAAGCGGAAAGAUAUUACGUUGUUACAUUCCCACCCCCGAUAAACUAAUGAAAACGCGUUUAAUUGAAAUUAAAAAAUCUGAUCCUAUGUACAAGCAUGUGUGCCUUAACUACCUGAGUUCAAUUCAAAAAUUGAGCUUAAAAAAAAUCGAAAAAGUUUAUUGCCCAUCGCUUUAUGAACGCUAUAAAUCGAAAAAGGCUAAUCGCGAAAAACGCGGUUACAAGAAUUUCGAGAAACGAUUAAUGUACGUCACUGACGUUAGAAAUAUUGAAGCGAUUAUGCGUUCAAGUUUGAAAUGGAGGAGGAUGCAUUGUUAUAAGUUGAAAACGGGGGUUAGUUUUUCCGAGAAUGCCGAGUAUGCGGAUAAAAACGUCACUUGGAAUGUUGGCAAAAAUCGUGCUAUGAUUAUAGCUGAUGUUCUCGUGGGAAAAGCUGACGUUGGAGGUUACUGCACGGAAUUACCACUCAAUGGAGGUGAUGUAACUCCCGAAAAUCGAAGGGUUUAUGUUAAAUUUUACGGCGAUGAAUUUAUUCCAAGAUUUAUUGUUUAUUAUACUUACAAUGAAAUUAAAAUUUAAUUUGUUUGUAAUAAUUAUAUAUUGUAGUGAAUUUCACUUAAAAUACAAUAUACAGAAAUAUACCUACU